GCUGUUGAAACGAGCGUCGCCUCGCAGACUGACUCCGACCACUGACGAAGCAACGUGCGCGCGCGCGCGCCUCCCUCGCUCCACGCUCCCGUGUCGAAUCCGUAAGGAACAGCCAGGCACACGUGUUGCACGCGCUCGUCGAUCUCGCAUUUCGCCACCCACUCCCACCCUGUCCUGUCUCUCUUCUUUCCUGCGCUGCUUUCCGUUCCCUCCUCGCAGAGACACGACCAACACAAAGCGAUGAGUGUCAAGGUUGAGCAAGUGCGUUCUGUGUUUGCGAUCCGGCAAGUGGAUCUCGCCGCUGCCGUCGCCGUCGUUCUCACCGUCGCCGUGUAAGAGAAACAGGCAGACGCAACAUACAAGCACACCGAGGAGGUUGCAAAGGCUGCUGAGAGGUGCUGCAUCGGGACAUGGUCGGUGGGACGGCCGGGCGAUGACUACGCGGCAGCAGCAGCUCGGUCGAGCGCCACGAGAAGAAGACGAAGAAGAUAUCAGCGGCGAGGAGGUCUCGUUGUUAAAAAGCCGCGCGAGCGUUGCAAGGAAGAAGACUGCCUCGACGGCAACAAGCAGCAGCGACGGUCCGCCGCCGUUGCCGAGACACUCGCUGCAACGAUUGCGUAGGAAAGGUUCUGCUGUCGGUGCUGUGAAACUGGGCAGAAGUAGGCAUGAGAGAUCGGCCCAGGCACAACGCCCACCACCAUCGAGAUCACUUUCAUCUCCAAGCUAUGCCGCUGGAAGAAGUCCAGGGAUUAUUACCACCGACUUCCAAGACAGGUAACCGGGGCUCGCUCAACGUUACAAUAGCGCAAGUCGGCGCCGGGCCUGGAAAUGCCUCGGGUAAUUAUCUGGAGCCUGGUACCGGCGACAUUAGACCAACGCCAUCCCCAUUGUCUGACACGACAACUCUACCCUCGGACAACAUCGAUGCCUGUGGUGGAAUCGAUCAGAGGCUACAGCUAACCGUGACCGGCGAUCGACAAACAUGGGAGGGCCGCUACCGCGUAAAGGAGCAUCGCCGCGCUGGAAAGGCUACUUUUCAGGGCCAAGUCUAUAACUUCCUGGAACGUCCCACGGGAUGGAAAUGCUUUCUCUACCACUUCUCGGUGUUCAUGGUGGUAUUGGUGUGCCUUAUUUUUAGUGUACUAUCGACGAUAGACGAGUACAGUGAAUUUGCGAAUGAAACUUUGUUCUGGAUGGAAAUAUGUCUAGUUGUGUUUUUCGGCGUGGAAUAUUUGGUGCGAUUAUGGAGUGCGGGAUGCCGGUCGAAGUACAUGGGCUUUUGCGGCCGACUGAGAUUCAUUCGAAAACCAAUAUGUAUAAUAGAUUUAAUAGUGGUGGUGGCGUCGAUGGUCGUGCUCUCGGUCGGCAGCAACGGCCAAGUGUUCGCCACUUCGGCCAUUCGUGGCAUAAGGUUUCUGCAGAUUCUUCGCAUGCUCCACGUAGAUCGCCAAGGGGGUACCUGGAGACUUCUUGGCUCUGUAGUCUUCAUUCAUCGCCAGGAAUUAAUAACUACACUGUACAUAGGAUUUCUCGGUCUCAUAUUUAGUAGUUACUUUGUAUAUUUGGCGGAAAAGGACGUUACCGGACCUCAAGGUAGAAUUGACUUUGCAAGUUACGCCGACGCUUUGUGGUGGGGUGUGAUAACAGUGACAACGAUAGGCUACGGCGACGCGGUGCCUCAGACGUGGAUGGGUAAAAUCGUGGCAUCGUGUUUCAGCGUGUUCGCCAUUUCCUUCUUUGCACUUCCAGCCGGAAUCCUGGGCUCCGGUUUCGCGUUGAAAGUCCAGCAGAAACAGCGCCAGAAGCACUUCAACCGUCAGAUCCCCGCGGCGGCGAUGCUGAUCCAGUGCCUGUGGCGUUGUCACGCCGCGGAAAAGUCGACCAACAGCGUGGCCACGUGGAACAUUUACGUGAAGGAUACGGCGCCCACGGGGCAGCCGACCACGCCGCUCGGCAAGUCUCUGAUCAUCCAGGUGGCUAAAAAGGCGAGCGUCUUGAAACGUCGGAAGUCGCGCAACCGUAUGGACGUGCAGCAGCUUGAUUCCAAUCAAUCGACUCCGAACAACCAACAGCAGCAGCAGCAGCAGCAGCAGCAGCUACAGCCGCAACAGCAACAACAUCAACAACCUCAGCAGCAACAGACCACUACUAAUAACAACCCAAGUGCUACUCAAGCAUCGCAGACAGAUGCCAGGUUAGACAACGAGGGUGAUUUUAUCUUCUAUAUGGAGGAGCCGAAAGCUUGCACGCCCAAUCGAGUGAGAAGGGAGAAUAGGGGAAGCUUGUUCACUUCGCAGACUAGUUCGGUGACGGAAGCAGCCAGCGAUGAAAUCGACAUCGACAUCGACGAGCCCCAACGAGUAACCACAUUGACGGAGGCACACCGGAACGCGAUAAGGGCCAUUCGCAAGAUCAAGUACUUCGUUGCUCGUCGCAAGUUUCAGCAAGCACGCAAACCCUAUGAUGUACGGGAUGUCAUUGAACAGUACAGCCAAGGUCAUCUUAACAUGAUGGUGAGAAUUAAGGAGUUGCAGAGGCGACUUGACCAAACUUUGGGUAAGCCGGGCAGCUACCUUGCAGGAAUCGAUCGGUCAGGUAACAUCAAGCCAAUGACAAUAGGCGCGCGCCUCUAUAGAGUCGAGCAGCAGUUGUCGAUAAUGGACAAGAAAUUAGACCAGAUAAUGUACGUACUAAAUGCAGUGGCACAUAAGCAGCAAAUUCCACUGCGCGGUAUCGAGGACGAAGUUUAAUAGAAUGAAGCUUAAACCUCUAACGAUAAUGCUAAUUGGCCGUAUUGCUUCUGGAUGCAAUUUUAUGUAAAACGUAGUUGCAAAAUGACAACGAUUACAAUAAUCGCAUAAGAUGUACGAUGCUUGAAAUACAAAAGUAUAUAGUAAAACACUUAUACUGAAAUCGAAAUAAUUACAAUAUUUUAGUACUACUUUUAGAUAAGACGUUAAUAGUAUUGUAAUGCUAAGUCAUCGGCUGACAUUAUUAACAAAAAGUGCAAAAAAAAACAAUGUUAUACUAUUAGCGAAAAUUUUUAACGCAUAAAUUCUUCAAGACAAUCUCAAAAUAUAUCGGUGAAUUUUUAAAUAAUGAAAAUAGACAAUUGGAAACAUGUUCGUAUUUUAAACAUUGAUUCAGUGUCACAUCAAUACUACUUAAUAAUACAAAAUUCACCGCUUAUUUAUAAAUACUGGGUAUAGAACAUUUUAUUGAUGGAAAAUUGUAUAUUGUAAAGAACUGCUAUGACAAUGGGGUUGAAUACACUAAAACGCACAGCUAAAAAACGAUCACACAAAUUGUCGAUCCAUACGAGAAAAAUAAUGAAGGAACCGUUCUAAAGAGUUCUACAUCAAUUUAACGACGUAAUAAAUAAAAAAAAAAUAUUUAUUUUCAUUUUAAAUAAUUAUAUAAUAAUACUUGUAUAUAAUGUAAUAUAAAUAAAAAACCAUGCAAUUUAAUAAGAUUUAAAUAAAUCCUAUACUAAUGCAAUCUAUUUCAAUCGAAGCCUUCUAUUGUACACUAUAAUGGUGCGUUGUAAAUUAUAGUUUACAUUAAAUAUAUAUACGUAAAAUUCAAGUACAAAAAUAAAUUCAUUAUAAUGAGCUUCUAUUUUUAAAUUAAUUUUAAUAUUUUCUUAUGCGAUAGUUAUGUUUGAAACAUAAUUUGGCGAUUUAUACAAGAUACAUACUUGUUUUUCACGAGUUGUUUUAUAGUAUCAUUGUUUAAUAAAGGUUGAACUUCAAUAUUUAUUUGUAGUUUACAAGAUAUAUUUUUCACUAAAGAAAUUAUAUGUACAGAAGCGCUUUGUAGUUAGGAUACAUUCGAUUACUGCGUAAUGUCCAAAAUCAACUCUGUGAUUUUAGUAUUCAUAAAUACAAUGCGUAGAGUUUAUUAAAAUGAUACUUUCAAAUGAAUCGUAGUGACGAUAAUGAUAAUCUCUUUAUAAAGAUUAUAAAAUAAUUUCCAGCAUGCACGCUUUAUGUAACGCCAAUGCAACUCGUUACUGUAUAUAAUAUUGAAAAGUUCAAUGAUUUUAGUAGUCCAGAAAAUUGAAAAAUAGAGAAGAAAUAUUUGGAGAUUUCUGAAAAUGUAAUCUAUUUUCUAGCUUUUCAAUCAAUACCCAUGUUCAUUGAGAAAUAAAUUUAAGAAAUGAAUACAUAAUCUAGUCGGUAGAACAUACAUAACUAGUAAUACUGUGAGCUUAAUUUAUAUUCAUUAAUGUAAUAUACACUUUAGCAAUACGUUAAAAUUAAAAAAUUGGAUAUUAAAUAUGGAAUUACCGAAUUGAUAGCAGUUAUAACAAUAAUUAUAUUCCUUCUCAUUUUAGUAACAAACUUUUCAAUAAACUAAAAAAUCUAUCCAAUUCUAUUAGAGAUUAUUAUUGUAGAACUCAAAUAGCCACAAGAUGCGAUUGAAUCGCGUAAUUUUUUUUUAGUUUCAACUUUAUAUGCCGUGGAUUUUUUAAGUAGGGCAUUCUCGUAAAAAUAUUUCGUUUUACUCAAAUGAAUUAGCAAUAUCGCAUCCAGUCGUGACUUCAGAUACAAAAUCAAAUACAAAAACAUUGCAUUGUGUUUUGUACGUUACAGAGAAAAUUGACAGCUUGAAAAAGGAUUGGACAAGAAAAUAGAUCUAUCAUUUUACAUUCAUUUAAAAACGAAUUAUUGUUUCUAUUGGCAUUAAAAACUAAGCAAUAUACGAUAUAGAUGUUAAUAUUGAGAAAUCUUUUUUAGUUCCGUAAAAUUAAUUAAUAUACUUAAAAUUUACAACAGCUAGGUUAUACUACUAUUGCAAAAACAUGAUGGAAUUUAGAUAUAGUUGUGCAAAGUGCCUAAGCGUUUUAAAAUCGACGCCACCAAGUUCGAGGUAUUAAAGUGUAUUAAUGUCUUGAAAUAUUUGAAUCGAAAUUUCAAUUAUUUUUGCCAAUAGUAAGUUUAAUAGAUAUGCAUCCAGACUUCAUUUUUCAACAACUUUCUCUUGUCACAAGAAUUAGUUGUUUCUAAAAAGGCUUCGAAAUCUUGUGAGUUAAAGCAAUUUCUAAGUGAAAAAAUUCUUAUUAAAAAAAUUAUUAUAAUUAAGUAAAACUCUUAAAAGUUCCUAUUAAAUUCUUAAUUUCAAUAUGAUCUUGUAAUAUUAAAUUUGUAUGGGCUUGACAUCAAUUUACGGAAUAUGUAUUGUAAAUAAAUGUCUAUUAGAUGUCUCUUGUAAAUGAUGAAUAUGGAAACAAUUCUUUGGGAACAAUAUGAAAAAGAAAAUUAUAAUAUUCUAGCGCUUCGACCUUUUCGCACUUUAAUAAGUAUAAUUGCAUGCUCUCAAAAGUGCCUUUAGUCUAGACCAAGAUCUUGUAACAAGAACAAUCAUCUUUAUCUUCUUUUCUAUCGCUGUUAAUUUUAUAUAGUAAAUAAUAUGUUUUUUUAACGAAACUCUAUUAUUGUAUUGUGUAUAAAAAAUAUUCUUCGGAUUAUAAACUGUAGUCUAAUUGCGCGACUAUACUUGAUAUACCUGUAAGUAGAAUAAAUACAUGCGCUACGUUAUAGAUUUAAGAUUCUAACGACAUAUCUUUGCCGCUUUGAACAAGAAAAUAAUAAUAA